CCGAAUGGUUUGGCUUUUGACUCGUCUUAGAAGUUUUGCGAUAUCCAACUACAAAAAGGCGAGGUUGGUUCCCAGUAAGUCUCAAAUUCUCUAAUUAAAUACAACACAGCAAUCAUACAACUCUUCCAACACAACAACCACUCUAUCCUCAUCGAAGAAUACCUACCACCUUCCUCACUAUCACACAUACAAUACAAGGGGAAUAAAGUCAAGAUGGCAAAUACACACGAGCAACAAGACAUGGAUUGUCAGCCUUUCCAUCACCCAACAUGGCGAAUUUCACACGGCAUUGGCAGUCUGCGCGUCCGCUGCCAGCAUCUGCCCGCAGAAGUGCUCCUCGACAUCGUGGAGCAGAUUCUCGAGUCCAAGACCAAAUGCCGCGAACUGCCGCCACCCAUGCCGACGCUGGUAUUCCCGGGACUACCAGCACCAACACCAAGGGCAGUUUCACCACCACCAAGCAACAGCUGCAAACCAAAUAUGCCAGCCCUCGCUACCCUCGUCUACCUCAGCACCCUCAACGACAGACUGCGGGACCUUGUAACACCCAUCAUCCAAGCCCACGAGCGCAAAUCCACCUCAAGCACAAGCAUAAGCACAAGCACAAGCACAAGCAAAGAUCCAAACUGGUUCUACUCCUACGUCCUCAUCUACUCGGCAAGGAAACGUUGUACCGAUGGUGUCAUCGCUGCCCUAGACCACGGCGCCGAUAUCAACGCCCACGACGGCAUCGACGCAUCCCUCGCCGCCGACAACAUCGAAAUCUCUGGGAGCCCUAUGCCGACGGGCUCGCACUUGACUGUCCUCCACUGGGCGGCUUUCAACCGCGACUUCACUACCCUCCGGCUCUUACUAGACCGCGGCGCCGACGUACGUCGCACAGCGAACCGCUUCAAAAACGACCGCACCCCAGUCCAGGGCCGAUCUCGGCCCCUGAGAAGGGCGGCCAUAUUCCAACCCUCAUGGCACCAACGUCCGCACCAAGACGAGGUCAACGCGCUCGAAUUCGCGCUGCAGGGUAAUUACGGCAUUUUGCCUUGGGGUAUAACGGAGCAGUAGCGACUGGCGUUUAUCCGAGAUCGGGAUAUGCGGGAUGAGCAAGUUGUGAGGAUACUCGUCGAGGCCGGCUGUCCUGUAUUCGCGGAGGAGCAUACGGAGCGUGAGUGGAAUUACGCUUGUGAG